GGUGGGGAAGGGUCCCGGGAGUAUGGUGGGGCCGGGCUGCUGAGCGUGGUCGGACUCUGGCGGGGAGCGGCCACCAACUUCUUGGUCCUGAUGUCUGACCGUGGAGAUGUGAGCCUCCCACCCGAAGACCGGGUGAGGGCUCUCUCCCAGAUGGGUAGCGCAGUCGAGAUAAAUGAAGACAUUCCACCCCGUCGGUACUUCCGCUCUGGAGUGGAGAUUAUCCGAAUGGCAUCUAUUUACUCUGAGGAAGGCAACAUUGAACAUGCGUUCAUCCUCUAUAACAAGUAUAUCACGCUCUUUAUUGAGAAACUACCAAAGCAUCGAGAUUACAAAUCGGCUGUCAUUCCUGAAAAGAAAGACACAGUAAAGAAAUUAAAGGAGAUUGCAUUUCCCAAAGCAGAAGAGCUGAAAGCAGAACUGUUAAAACGAUAUACCAAAGAAUAUAUAGAGUAUAAUGAAGAAAAAAAGAAGGAAGAGGAAGAAUUUGCCCGAAACGUAGCCCUCCAGCAAGAGCUGGAAAAGGAAAGACAGAGGGUGGCACAACAGAAGCAGCAACAGUUGGAGCAGGAACAGUUCCACGCCUUCGAGGAGAUGAUCCGGAACCAGGAACUAGAAAAAGAACGACUGAAAAUUGUACAGGAGUUUGGGAAAGUGGACCCUGGCCUGGACGGCCCACUGGUACCUGACUUAGAGAAGCCCUCCCUAGAUGUGUUCCCCACGACACCUGUUACAUACACACAGCCUUCGGACUGUAAUACAACUGUAAGGCCUGCCAAGCCACCUGUAGUGGAUAGAUCCUUGAAACCUGGAGCAUUGAGCAACUCGGAAGCUCCUACAGUCGAUGGGCUGCGCCAUGUGGUGGUGCCUGGGAAGCUCUGCCCGCAGUUUCUCCAGUUGGCCAGUACCAGCACUACCCGGGGAGUGGAGACAUGUGGAAUUCUCUGUGGAAAACUGAUGAGGAAUGAAUUUACCGUUACCCAUGUCCUCAUCCCCAAGCAAAGUGCUGGGUCUGAUUAUUGCAACACCGAGAACGAAGAAGAGCUUUUCCUCAUACAGGAUCAGCAGGGUCUCAUCACACUGGGCUGGAUUCACACUCAUCCCACGCAGACCGCCUUCCUCUCCAGCGUUGACCUGCACACCCACUGCUCCUACCAGAUGAUGUUGCCGGAGUCGAUAGCCAUUGUUUGUUCCCCCAGGUUCCAGGAAACUGGAUUCUUUAGACUAACUGACCACGGACUAGAGGAGAUUUCUUCCUGUCGCCAGAAAGGAUUUCAUCCACACAGCAAGGAUCCACCUCUCUUCUGUAGCUGCGGCCACGUGACUGUUGUGGACAGAGCAGUGACCAUCACAGACCUGCGAUGAGAGUUGGGCUCAGACACUUCCCAAGAACUAGAAAACCGUAUCAGUGUACUGUAGCCCCUUAAUUUAAACUUUCCAGAAAGCUCUGGAAGCUUUUUCAAACAGAAUAGAAUGCGUCACCUGGGGGAGAACUGAUUUUCUAUUUCUGGUUUGAAAAGAAAUAAUUGAAUAUGUUUUUUAGGCACAUCUGGAAAAUAGCAUGAUCAUGCUAAAGCAACUUUUCAGUCUGCCUGUAACUAAAAAAUUAAGUUGAAAAAAUGUUGUAAUGAACACCUAUAUACCCUUUGUUCUAGAUUCACCAAUUGUUAACAUUUUUUCCCUCUCAGAGCUCCUUCUAAUUUCUCUGCCAACUUGUUUAUUGUUUACCUUUGGACUAAUUAAGGGCAUCUAUGCAGAAAUCUGGAAGCCAUUUAGAAAAUCUUUGGGUUUUUCUGUGGUUUAUGGCAGUAUUAAUGAAGCUUAUCAUCAGGCUGAGGGAGAGCUCGCUGCGUUUGACCAGAUGGUGAGGCCCACGAACCCUGCAGAAUGAUUUUGUCAGGAAUUAUUGUUAUUUAACAAAUAUUUCGGGAUAUUUUUUCUUGUACAAUAAAAUACCUAUAUAUAU